UUGAGACACACAGAAGCAUUGACAGACAGGAACAGUGUGACAACAGGCUGAGGAGACAGUCAGGAAGGAGUUUCUAUGAACUGCAUGGAAUUUCCUGAGGUUUCAUGUGUUAGCUUGCCCAGGUGAUUCACAGAGCAGGAAGUCUGCAGACACUUCAGCACUGGGAGCUGCCUUGACUCCAGUACGCAAAAAGAAAUGAGUGAACUAGAUGGAAAUGACAAGGAACCUGAUAUACUUCAGGAGACACCUUCAGAGUCUGGAGCUCCAGAGAAACCUUUGAACGCUGAGACUGAUGUACAGGCUGAAGACCAGGUCACGGUUGCUACCACUGAUGUUCCAUGUCUUACUCCAAGUAAAGUGGGUGAAGAAGGGACGCCCAAUAAGCUCUGUGGAUAUCUUUAUAAACUGGGAAUGAAAGGGCCCCUGAAAGCUUGGAAGUACCGCUUCUUUUGUUACAAUGACAAGAAGUGCCAUUUGCUCUACUACAGAAUGGCUACAGAUGUUUGUCCACUUGGAAGUAUAGAUCUGCAUACUGCAACUUUUCAUUUCAGCAUGGAAGCUGAAGAGGGAAUAUUUGAAAUUAAAACACCGGCAAAACCAUAUAUUCUAAAGGCAAUUAACAAGCAUGCCAAGAUGUACUGGUUGCAACAACUGCAGAGGAAGAGAUGGGAAUAUUGUAAUAAUACGUCAAAAAUGACUAUGUCUUCAGAUGUUCUUGACAGUGAUGAUCUGCACAGUGCAGAUGGUGACUUUUUGUCUCCUGUGAAGACACCAACUGAAGUGGUAGGAUUGACUGUGGCUUCCAUGCCAGUUCCCCAGGAAUCAACAUCCCUUCAAAAUAUCUCUCUCAAACACCCAUGGAAAGAGAUACAGAACACAGUUCGUAACAUCUGUGGUUCAAAGCCUUUUCAAUUAAGUAGGAGUGUUUUUCAUUUUGAAGAAUCUGAACAAGCAGCAGAAGUAGAAGGAACUGCAAAACAGUUUGAGAAAAUGUCUCCAUCAUUAAACUUUGCAAGGAAAGCAAGGAAGCAAAAUGGAUGCCUCCCAUCUAAUCAUGAUAAUAUUUCUCAUGAAAAGAUGAACAAUUCACAGCUCCAAAUUCAAGCAGUAACUGAAGAAUUAAAGUCUCAAAAGGAUCUUGUUAAGCUUCUUCACCGUGCUCUUGAGUCUGCUCAGGAGGAAAAAAGAGCAUGCUCUGAGUAUCUGAGUGCCCCAGAGGAGAAAGACAGGCUGGAAUUAAUACGACAUAAGGUUAGGCAAAUUGAGGACCUGAGGCAACGUGUGGAGGCCCUGGAGCAGAAAAAGCUGGACCUAGAACAAUGUGUUAGCUUCAAGGAGAUUCAUAUGGAGGAACUAAAGGAGCAUGUACAAUUGCUAAUGGAAAAGAACAAUGCAAAACAACAAGUUAUCAUGAAGCAGAAUGAGCAGCUUCUUAGCCAGAUUGAUUCCGAUCAUAAAAACAGAACUGACAUUGAGACCUUACAAGGGCAAUUGAGGAAAAUUGACAGCUUAAUGGAUGACAUUGAUGCCUAUAAAACGCAGAACCAGUUCUUAAACUCUGAAAUCCAUCAAGUGACACAGCUAUGGAGGAACACAGCUAAAAAGGAGACAGCUCAGCAUAUGAAGAGUUCUUACCUGGAAGCUAGGAAUUGUCAGAUAGAAAGCAAAUAUUUAAUUUUACUGAGAAAGCUGCAAGAAGUUCUGCCACAUAUGGAUGCUGAAUACUGUGCAGUCAUAAAACGUUUAAUAGAAGAUGCCUUAGAGUCGGAUAUAAAAGUACCUCUCCAACCAUCCACUGUGCACUUUAAUCCUGUCAGUGAAUAUGAUGAUUAUGGAUUCAUGAUCAUUCCUGAGCAUGAGGUUGAACACUUGAAACUUCUAGCCAAAAUCCAGGCAUUGGAAAUUCGAUCUAACAAGCUGCUCACUCAUGAGGUUGUAGAUAAGCCCUUACAAAUGAAAUGGGACAGCAUUGAGGAGUUGUCCCACUCAACUGAGCUAAAAACCCUGGUGAGAUGUGGUAUCCCAACUGAGCACCGAAAACGUGUCUGGAAAUGGCUGACAAGUCGACGGAUUCGUAUCUGUGCCAAUCAUUACAAAGACCUCCUGAGAAAAUGUGAGAGUGCUCAACAUCCAGCCUCUCAGCAGAUCGAACUGGAUUUACAUCGAACUUUGACCAAUAAUAAACACUUUAACAGUCCUACCUCAGAGGUCAUUCAGAAGCUAAGACGAGUGCUAUUAGCAUACUCAUGGCAAAACCCCACCAUUGGCUACUGUCAAGGACUGAACAGGUUAGCUGCAAUGGCUCUGUUAGUCCUGGAAGACGAGGAGAGUGCAUUUUACUGUUUAUUUGACAUUGUAGAGAAUAUAAUGCCAGCCGACUACUACAGCAAUAAUCUGUCUGGAUCACAGGUAGAUCAGAGAGUGUUUAAAGACUUCUUGUCGGAAAAACUUCCCCGUUUGACUGCACACUUUGAACAGUACAGAGUUGAUCUGUCACUUGUCACUUUCAACUGGUUCCUUGUGAUAUUUGUUGACAGCCUAGUUAGUGAUAUUCUCCUAAGAGUCUGGGAUGCCUUCUUGUAUGAAGGGACAAAGGUUAUCUUUCGUUAUGCACUUGCAAUAUUUAAAUACAACGAAGAAGAGAUCUUAAAACUAACCGAUGAAACGGAAAUUUACCAGUACCUGUCAUUUUUUACCAAGACCAUUUGUGAUGGCAGGAAAUUAAUGAAUAUUGCAUUUUAUGAAAUGAAUCCUUUCCCAAUGAAGCUGGUGAGAAAUCGUCGUGCUGCACAUAUGGAAAAAUUCAAAGCAGCACUUGUUGAACUGGAAAAUAUAAAACUGGAGUAUGUGAAAAGUAAAAGGGAACUCCGAAGUACAGAUAAUGACAUGGGAGUUAGUGAAGAUGAAGAAGAUACCUGAAUUGUAACAAAAGAGACACAAUCCUUAAUGACGUGUGCCAUAGAUCACUGUGUGUCAGUAAUAUGUUAUCCGACUGCUUCACGGAUGAUGGGCACAAGCUGGCCAGAAAUUCUUAUUCAAAAACCAGACCUAAUGAUACCGUUCUCAUCGUAUGGUUUAUUGGAGUGUGUCACUCAUUUUCACUAAUAUACCUAACAACAUUGCUCCUCAGAAGUUUGCAAAAGCAUUCCAGACAUACCUGUGUAUAAUUUGGCUAUUUAUUCAAUGUCCAGGAAAAUCACUUUUAUUCUGCUGAAAAAAUGUCUCCCAAGUGCUGGGAGGGUUGGCCUUUUAAAGUGUCCAAGCCCACUACUCUGCUCCUCCCCUAACCUCCCAAGGCUUCCUCCCCUGUUCCCUGACAUCACAGCAAAUCAUCUCAAAAUCUUGAGUACUGCCUGGGAAUAAGCCGCUCCGCUUCUGGCGAUCUUCACAAGGGUACGGCACAGCGCCUGUGCAGAACAUAGCGCUGAGGCAAUAUCCUACAAAAAAGAAUGUACUUCAUAGGCGGGCGCAAGAUGAAGUCGGAGAAGAGAGGAGGAAGCCUUGGGAGUGGCCGGCCAACUUGUUUUACAUGAUGUAGCCCCAGAAACACCUCCCCUAAAAAAAUCUCAUACAUGCUUUUUAUUUUGCUCUCCAUUGCAGAUAUUGGCAUUAUACCUUGUAUGGGAAUUAUUUAAUAUAAAAAUAACUCUAUAUAUAACACAAAUCAUGUUGACUAAAACAGUAUUGAAAUGUC